AUGUUUUUAGUCCGAGGUUAUCCAUCCAGCUUGAUUGAUGAAUUGGCCAAUGAAAUUAUAUUUAAACGUGAAUCUGGGUGGUUUAAACCUAUAUUACAUAAAGGCUCUUUUUUACAAGAUGAGCUGGUAGAGUGUACACAUGAAAUUACACCUAGAGUUAAUAUAAGUGGAUUUGAUGUUUUUCCAAUAUUUAGUACCCCUUUUUCCAUGGAUGCUAAUUUUGUCAGAGACAUCCUUUAUAAGAAUUGGGCAGUUAUAAUUGAUGAUCCCCAACUUAGGAAUAAACUAUCCGAAACUCCAAAAGUAGUUUAUAAACGUGGGGUUAACUUAAAGAAAUUUGUUGAGAAGAAGACCCAGUUCAAUGUGACGUCUGGGGUCAGAGAUAUCAUCCAUGAAGCAGGCAUCAGUAAGAAUGGCCACAUAUUAGAUGACAACAUGAAAGGAUACCAGAGCACUUAUAAACAAUCCAUACUGCAAGAAACCAGGACAAUCAGAAAGAAAGUUUUUCCAGGAAGAAAUAAACAAGAGGAAGACUUGUUAGUAGAACAUUAUACAGAACUAAGAAUAAUAACCACUUACCAGCGUACAUGGGGUCAGGCUCAGCAUGAGCUCCUGCUGAAAGGAAGUGAGCAUGAAGGACUCAUGAAGAAAACAUAUUUAAAUAAGUGUGAAAGGAUCACAGCAAAUCAACUUUUCAGGAUAUGUUAUGAAUCCAAGAGAUUUCCGCAGAUCGUUCUCAUUUUAGGUGUCCCUGGCAUUGGAAAAACUACAAUGGUGCAGAAACUGUUGCUUGACUGGAUCCAGGGAGAUCAUUACAAGCAAUUCAUGUUUGUUUUUUUGUUCAAAUUCCGAGACAUGAAUCUCUGGGAUGAGCCUCUAAAUUUGGCUGAAAUGAUUCUGAAAAAUCAUGCCUGCUUACGUAACAUUCUAGCAGAAAUACUCAAAAAAACAAGCACAAUAUUGUUCAUAUUUGAUGGCCUCGAUGAAAGUAAAUCUCCCUUGGAUUUCACAGAAACACAACUCUGUAGUAACAUUUGUCAGAGAACUAGUGCUUCAAACAUUGUUUCAAGCUUAAUGAAACAGACUUUGCUGAAGGGUUGUUCAGUUAUUGUAACAAGUCGUCCAACUGCUCUGGAGAGAGUGGAAUUGUCCUGCAUUCAUCUUUGCGCUGAAAUCAUAGGAUUUCUGGCAGAAGAAAGAAAACGAUAUUUUAGAAAACAGUUUUAUGAUGAAAGAAAUGCCUUGGAUGCCUUUCAUUAUGUGGAACAAAAUGAUAUUCUCUACACAAUGUGUUUUAAUCCUUCAUAUUGCUGGAUAAUCUGUUCUGUUCUUAAGCCAUAUUUUAUAGGAAAUCAAAAUAAAUGUACCUCAUGUCCCAAAACUUUAACUCAACUCUUUGUUCACUUUUUGAAAAAUAUUCUUACAAAUCACAUGUCAGCAGAUAGCUUGGACCUUAAGGAAUUGCUAAGUAAGGUUAGCAGGCUGGCAUUUAAUGGAGUCUGCAACAGACUUCUAGUAUUUUAUGAUGCUGACAUAAAACAGCUGAAGCUUAAGCACACUCAAGCCCUCUCUAGUUUCAUGUUUGAAUUCAUGAUAAAAGAAGAAUAUCUUUGGAGAACAAUGUACUCGUUCAUGCAUCUGACUGUGCAAGAAUUCCUUGGUGCCCUGUCAUAUUUCCUGAAUUCAGAACAAAAUAUAAGCCAGGUUCUUGAAAAUGACACUUUCAAAGAUGGCCGUUUAGAGAUGUUGAUAUGUUUUUUGGCAGGUCUAUCUCACCCCCCUACAUCACAUCUACUACAAAAAAUCCUAGGACACUUUCCAGAUGAGAAAAACGCUGAAAUAUUGCACUGGCUUAAAAGAAGAGCUGAAUACUUAAUCCUGACAGAAGGACAUAGUCACAAGAGGGAACUACUAAGAAUUUUUCAUUACUUACUCGAGACACAGAACACAGAACUAAUUAAACAGACCAUUGGAAAGAUUGCUCAUUUAGAUUUCAGAGGUGUACUAUUUAACCCAAUGGAUUGUUAUGUUUUAAACUACAUUAUAGUAGCUUGCAACGGAUUUACAAAACUUAACCUGAGUCUAGCAUCCUUCCCAGAAGAGGGUGUCCGGAAAUUGAUACAAGCCAUUAGUCUCUGCAUGAGCAUCAGGUAA